AGGUCAGUCUUCCUUCUCCUCGCAGUUCUUGCUGUCAUGUAUAACUUGUUUCGCAGAAUCCUUAUACUUAGAUCUCCAUCCUCAGUCUUUACUCACGGAUUUUCUGAAAGUCCGUUGAAAUCUCUCAGAUUCUUAUCCACCUCUUCUGAGAUUGUAUCAUCUCCGAAAUCUGCUUCGUUGCCUUCUAAUGUUGUACAGCUCAAGAACAAUCGGAAGGCUGUAAUUGCGUUUUUUGAGAAUCAUGGAUUCUCUGAAUUACAAAUUUCUGACAUUGUUAAGAAGAUCCCUCUAAUUCUUUCUGCGAACCCCGAGACCCUAUUUCCCAUAUUUUUGUUUUUUAAAUCUAAAGGUCUUUCUUCCUCAGCGAUUACCAAAUUAGUAUGCUCUGCUCCUCAAGUUUUAAAACGAAGUUUAAACCAAGAAAUUAUUCCAGUCUUUGAUUACAUUCAAGCCGUCCUUGGAACUGUGGAGAAGACUGUCACUACUAUAAAACGCUUUCCGCGUAUUCUCGGUUGGGAUCUUCGAAUCUCAGUUGAUCCCAAUAUUGAACUUCUGAAACAAUUUGGGGUGCCGGAUUCAAAUAUUUCAACUUUUCUUCAGCGGCAUCCUAAAUUGUUCUCGACAAGUCCCAUCCGAUUCAAGGAGAUUGUAGAGAGAGUUACGGAAAUGGGAUUCAACCCUCAACGAUUGCUGUUUGUUGUUGCUGUUUCUGCUAUGCAAUCAAUAACCAAAUCUACAUGGAAUAAGAAGGUUGAAGUUUAUAGGAAAUGGGGAUUGUCUGAAGAAGAGCUCAGUUUAGCUUUUAGAAAGAAUCCAUUGUGUAUAACGUUUUCUGAGGAUAAGAUUAAUGGCGGAAUGGAUUUUUUUGUCAACAAAAUUGGAUGCGAACCAUCUUUCGUUGCUAGAAGAACACUUUUAAUUUCACUUAGUUUGAAGAAGAGGCUUUUCCCUAGAGGCUUUGUUUAUCAAGUUUUGCUGUCAAAGGGUUUGAUUAGAAAACACGAGUAUCUUUUUUUGUUGUUUGAGUCUCCUGAAAAGCGUUUCAUAGAAAAAAUCAUCAACCCUCAUAAGGAGCAGAUUCCUGGAUUGUUGAAGAUGUAUAAACAGAAAUUAAUGGAUUCUAAAGAUGAACAGAUAUUCCUGAGACUACAGCAAUGAGGAAGCCAUUGAAAUAGGAGAAAAAUGAGAGCCGUCCAAGUUGUCAAGCUACAACUCAGUUUCUGCCGUCAUCGACAAAGUCUCCAUCUUAGCAGCUGUUGGGUUGCAUCGAGUUUGAUCCGUGCUCGCCGUUGUCUGAACCACAACUGAGUCGUCUUCGUGCAUGGUGUUCUUCGCUAGUCACAACCCUCCUUCACUAAGAAGAAUUGCACGCAAUGGAGAGUGACAAAGGAAUGGCUGCACAUUUGGAGUUCUAAAAAAUUAAAG